AUGGGUCCACCCGUGCAAUCUAGCUCGUUGGCUGUGUCACAGGUCGAUACUCCACUAAGAAUGACAGCAAUCGUCGGCUUGCUUGCGUCCGGAUUGCUUUCCGUACCCAUCAAGCUAGCCUUCCGGGUUGAAUUACGAUCGGGACCGGCGGUAACAUUCCUCCGAGUUCCAAGCAACACCCUUAUUCUGUCUGAUAUCCAGUUCUUGAGUGGAUCUGGCAGUGUCCUAUGGCGGAAUCCCCGACAUCGGAUAGUGCAGCAGUUUGAAGAUAGCCCAGAAACCAUUUAUGACAGUCUGCCAACGGAGGCUACCUUGCUCCGUGGAGCGCCUCCAGAUGGCGGAAUCUGCGUUAUCUCGCUGCCGAAUUUCGAACGAGUUUAUAAUAUCGGAUAUACGGAUUACGCCUCAUUGUGCCAACUUAUGUGCCAACCGAUUUUAGCUCCGGCUCCGGAGGACAAUUCCUAUUGCCACCAACUGCCCCUUGUUGGUGCAGAAUUUGGUCCUAUAUAA